AUUCACCGAAAAAAGUUCAAUUAUGUGAUUAUUCAAUUCAAAGUGCUGCAACUUCACAAGCUGUGAUAAUGUGCUAUGUUGAAAGAUCAAUGGAAGAUAGCUGGGAAGUUAUCCCUGUUGGUUUAUUAUCUAAUGGGAAUGCUAUGAAUUAUGUCCCCAUUAAAAGAUCUAUUCGUGA